UUGUCGGAAACAGCGAGCUAAGUCGAUUAGGGUUUACCUGAGAAUUUGAUAUGGAGGUGAAGAAAUCGAAGAUAGAAAUGGAUGAUUCAAUCAAUAAGGAGGUUGAGGCAUUACCCAAAGAGAUGCCUUGUACUAGUAACUAUGAGGACCAUAGUUUUCAUAAUAAUGUUGAAGAUCUCACUGAUGAUCGUCUUUGUGGUGGUGGUGAUGGUGAUGCUGAUGCUGAUGCUGAUGCUGAUGCUGAUGCUGAUGCUGAUGCUGAUGUUAAAAAGGAGGUUGAAGACUUGGACGACGACGAGGUUGAUAUAUUGGGAUGCAAUGGUGACAAUGAGAUACAAGUCGCGGAAUGUGACGAUGGGACUGAUGGAUAUUCGAGCUCGUUUGAUGGAACGGUUUCUGAACAUGAGAGUGAUGAAACUGCUUUGAAUGAUCAAGAAGCUGAUUCCAUGGUUUGUAAUGGUACUUCACCUCCUCUCUGGGUGAGAAAGAGGAAGCUGACUGAUCAUUGGAGGAGGUCUGUACAGCCUAUAACGUGGCGCUGCAAAUGGAUUGAACUCAAAAUCAAAGAAAUUCAGAACCAAGCACAGAUGUACGACAAAGAAGUUGAAGAAUUUUGCCAAGCCAAGAAAUUGGAGUUAGAAAAUGUCAAAUCAGAAGAACAUGGAAUAAAGUCAUUGCCUCCUCUUCCAUGUUAUACUCAGAAAACCCGACUCAGGAAGAGGAAAAAGAGAAAGCGAGUUGAAGAGACCGCAGAUGUUCAAUCCUAUGCAUCAAACCAUAAUCUCUUCUCUUAUUACGAUUGUCGGAAAUCUUUGGCCGAUAUUGCUCUUAAUGACAACUCCCGUAACCUAGAUAAACGGAAUAAGAGCGCCAAGGAUGAGUCAGGAUUCUCUGAAGAGUUACCGCCUCUCGAGUUUAGAGAAGGCGAUGCGUACUUGGAACAGAUACUUUUGAAGAUUGAAGCAGCAAAGUCAGAAGCCCGUAACUUGAAGAACCGAGUAGACAAGGUUUUGAGUGAAAAUCCCAUUACGUUCUCUCUGGCUAACACAGUGAAUCUACGUGGAGCUGCUGGUGUAUCCACCAGCUCAGAACAAAAAAAGCCCCUGCUUGCUAUCAAAAACGAAGAUGAGAAAUCGAUCAUUUCUGAAGAAAAACCAGUGAAAUCUGCUUCAGUCUCAUCUCAUCACGACACACCUGAAGACGAUGAGACAACAGAUAUUUUGCUGUCUGAAAUCCUGGCAUCAAAGCGAAGGGAAGGGAAAGCUAUUGUUCCCGAUAAGAAUCUACAGAAGACAGAACAAACAUCAGUUGAGGAAGGUCCAUCAAGACCUGUAAGGAAAAGAACACCGCGCAAUCGUGAAGUGAUGACGAAGGAAGAGACUAGCCCAAAGAGACGUAGAGUUUCAAGAGAGAAGCCAAAGUCUAAUGCUGUGAUGGCUUCUAGGUUUAAACCUUCCAACAGGAAGAGAAAGCGAGGAAAACGAAGGGCAGGGUCGUCUGGAGUGCGAAGAAGAUCCUAAAAAAGGUUUGGCAAAUUUCAAGAACAAAUUGGAUAUUGUGUU